AUGGGAGCCGGACGCUUUAUGAGCAGGCCGGUAACCCAGGAAGCAGGGGAACGCCGAGUUCUUACUUUUGAGGCAGACGGCGGGCAAAAAACCCUGACUCGCCAGGGAAAAGGCCGGUUCCAGGGACGCCUUAUGGGUAAAGUGGAUACGGCAACAGCAGUUCACAGUUCAUUUGCUACAACAACUUUUAACAACAGUGUGCUCACAUACUCUACUAACAGCUUGUCAACCAAAAAUAUAUAUGAAGAGAACAAAACUCCUUCACCUUCCUCAAACAUGAAAAACCAAAACCCUGAUUCUUUGACAGUUACAAAUAUUUCAUCUCACAAAAACUUGAUAGCUUCUACUAAUGAUGUACCAGAGCAAACUACAAAGAAAGAAACAGAUACGGAAAAUGGCAAAAAAGGGGAGGUUACUUGGUCUUCAAAAAAAGAAUCCUCAAGCAGAGAAACCCUAAAAAUACCAUCCAUGGACACUGAAACCUCCACUUCACCAACAACAAGAAUGUUUUCUUCUACUAUAGCCUUGAAAACAUCCAAAGGUUCUUUAACUACCACCACUCCUGUACUGUCUGUCUCUGGAAGAAUCACUAAUGAAGAAAAAGAAAUUAAUUCUGAAAGUAGAGCAGAAAAUGAAAACACACGAGAAAUAAUAAGCUCCAUAAGUCAAAGAACUUCAAAAUCUGCAAACUUACUUACACCAGUAGCAACCAUAACUUCUGCUGAAUCUACACAACAAGAGACAACAUUCUAUUCCACUAUUACUAUUCCAGAAGAGAGAGCAAGGUCUUCCAUCGGAACAACUGUACAAGUGACAAAAAGUAUGGCAAUGUCUACCACUCCAGAGGACUAUGCAAGCUCUAUAACAAUUAGUGGCAUGAGACUUUCUGAAAGUCCAUUUACCAAUGUGAAACCAACCCUGGAGACAAGCAGUUCAACAGCUACCAUGGCUCUCCAAGAGAUAACAUCCAAUGCGCCCAAAGAAUCUGCCAAUGUGUCACAUGACAUACAAAGUCACUCAGUCAACAAUAAUUUGGAAGAGAAAGAAACCACAUCCAACAUCAUAAGUUCAGGAAAAGCUGAAAGCACCCACACAGUUAUAAGCACCACACCUCUUGCAGCUUCAGAAUUGACAAGCAUUGCACAAACAACACACAAAAUAACAAUUUCAUCUGCUGAAUCCACCCAUCCAGAGAUUAUGUUUUCUGCAUCUAAAACAAACCCUGGAGAGAACACAAGCUCUUCCCAUGGUUCAAGAUCAGAUGUCACAACAAGUAUGGCAAUAUCAACUACUCCCCAGCACCAUGGAAGCUCUCAAGCUACUAGUAGAAACAAAGUCUCUGAAAGUCCAACCACAAAAGAAAGUCUAGUUACCAAGGUAGAACCAACCCUGGAGACAAGCAGUUCAACAGCCACCAUUACUCUCCAAGGGAUGACAUCCACUGUGCCCAAAGAAUCUGUGAAACAAACACAAGACAUACAAAGUUACUCAACCAACAAUAAUUUGGAAGAGACAGAAACCAUAUCAGUUAUCACCAUUUCUGCAAAAAAUACAACAAAUGUAAUUUCUGUUUCUGGAAGAGUCACUAAUAUGGAAAGAACAGAUGAUAAGGCUUAUGCAACCACUCAUGAGAACCAUGGCACUGUAGAUUCUGAAACAGAUAGGCAUAGAACUGCCACAAGCAGAGUGCGUUUUACUAGACCAGAAUUGUCCACACGUCUGUCCGCCAUAGCAUCCACCAUCCAGACACCACAAGAGCAUACAUCCUCUUCAUUUUCCACAAGACCAGAGAUGACAGCAACCACAUCAGUAAACAGCCAAUCUCAGGAAAUUCCAAGAACUGUGGCAAAUCCCCCAACAGUUUUUAAAACUCACUCAGCCUCAGAAGGACUAGGGUCAUCAUCCUCUGCAUCUUCACUUAUGUCACAACUCACAAGUGCAAGUGCUUUGUCUACUGAGAAAGAAAUCAACACUAUGAGCACAACAGAAAAUGAAAACGCACAAGAAAUAACAAGCUCCAAAAGCUUCGGCAGAACAACGACUUCUGCUGAAUCUACACAACAGGAGACAACAUUGUCUUCAACCAUUGCCAAGCUGGAAGAGAGUACAAGCUCUUCCAUUGGUACAACUUUACAUGUGAUGAAAAGUAUGGAAAUAUCCACCACUCCUAGGUAUGUUAUAAGCUCAAAAACAGCUAGUGUCAAUGAAUUUUCUAAAAGUCCAAUUACCAAUGUAAAACAGACCCUGGAGACAAGCAGUUCAACAGCCACCACUACUCUCCAUGAAAUGACAUCCACUGUGCUCACAGAAUCUGCCAAAAUUAUACAAGACAUUCAAAGUUACUCAACCACCAGCAAUUUGGAUGAUAAAGAUAGCUCAUCAAUCAUUGCUAUGAGUACAGGGGAAACUGAAAGCAACCACGCAAUUAUAAAUGCCACACCUCUUGCAACUUCAGAAUUGACAAGCAUUGCAGAAACAACACACAAAAUAACAAUCUCAUCUGCUGAAUCUACCCCUCCAGAGACUAUGUUUUCUGCAUUCAAAACAAGCCCUGGGGAGAACACAAACUCUUCCCGCAAUUUGAGAUCAGAUGUGACAACAAGUAUGGCAAUAUCAACUGCUCCCCAACAGCAUGGAAUCUCUCAAGCUACUAGUAGAAGCAAAGCCUCUGAAAGCCCAACCACAGAAGCAGCAUUCAGUACUGAGACAUUCACCAUCUCAGCUCAAGAGAAUACAUCCAAUGUCCGCUUUGAGCCUCCUAGGUACACAACACAACAAGCUGUUAAAAGUGUGCCAAGUACUAAUACAAUAGAAGCUAAUAAAAUCACUUCAUCUAUUUCAACACAAGAAACCACAAGUGGGGAAACCCUAAAAACACAGCCAAUGGAAAAAACCUCUGCCAUUACGACUACAACCACAACGUCCAAAGGUACUGAAACCUCCACUUUGCCAAAAACAAGAACCCUUUCUUCUGCUACUACAUUAAUGAAAACAUAUACAAGUCCUUUAAUUACCAUUCGAGAAAGGGAGACAAUAUCUGAAAUCAGUACAGAGUCUCCAAAGACUGCAACAAAGGUAAUUUCUGUUUCUGGAGGAAUUACUAAUCAGCAAAGAACAUAUGAUAAGACUUAUACAACCACUCUUGAGAGCCAUAGCACUGUAGCUUAUUCUGAAACAGAUAAGCAUAGAAGAUCCACAAGCAGAGUUAGUUUUACUACACCAGGAAUGUCCACACAUCUGUCAGCCAUCGUAUCCACCAUCCGCACACCACAUGAGAAUGCAACCUCUUCAGUUUCCACAAGACCAGAGAGGUCAGCAACCACUUCAGGACACAGCAAAUCCCAGGAAAUUCCAAUGACCAUGGUCAAGUCCCCAACAGUUUCUGAAAUUCACUCAACUUCACAAAACAUAGGGUCAUCAGCCUCUGCAUUUUCUUUUGUGACACAACACACAAGUGCAACGAUUUUGCCUACCGAGAAGGAAGUCAACACUGUGAGUACAGCAGGAAAUGAAACCCCAGAACAAGUAGCAAGCUCUACAAGCCUCAGAACUUCAAUGCCAGCCACCUUUGCAGAUACUACACACGUAUCAACAAUGACUACUGCUGAAUCUACACAGCAAAAGACUACAUUCUCUUCAACCCUAACUAGACUGGAAGAUAGCACAAGCUCUUCCAUCGCAACAUCUGUAGAUGUGACAAAAAGUAUGGCAAUAUCAACUGUUCCUAAAGGCGUUACAAGCUCUACAACAACUAGUGGCAUGGGACUCUCUGAAAGUCUAGUUACCAAGGUAGAACCAACCCUGGAGACAAGCAGUUCAACAGCCACCAUUACUCUCCAAGGGAUGACAUCCACUGUGCCCAAAGAAUCUAUGAAACAAACACAAGACAUACAAAGUUACUCAACCAACAAUAAUUUGGAAGAGACAGAAACCAUAUCAAUCAUCACCAGGUCUCCAAAUACUGCAACAAAUGUAAUUUCUGUUUCUGGAAGGGUCACUCAUAUGGAAAGAACAGAUGAUAAGGCUUAUGCAACCACUUAUGAGAACCAUGGCACUGUAGAUUUUUCUGAAACAACGUCCAAAGGUACUGAAACCUCCAGUUUGCCAAAAACAAGAACCCUUUCUUCUGCUACUACAUUACUGAAAACAUAUACAAGUCCUUUAAUUACCAUUCGAGAAAGGGAGACAAUCUCUGAAAUCAUUACAGAGUCUCCAAAGACUGCAACAAAGGUAAUUUCUGUUUCUGGAGGAAUUACUAAUCAGCAAAGAACAUAUGAUAAGACUUAUACAACCACUCUUGAGAGCCAUAGCACUAUAGCUUAUGCUGAAACAGAUAAGCAUAGAAGAACCACAAGCAGAGAGAGUUUUACUACACCAGAAAUGUCCACACAUCUGUCAGCCAUCAUAUCCACCAUCCGCAUACCACAUGAGAAUGCAAACUCUUCAGUUUCCACAAGACCAGAGAGGUCAGCAACCACUUCAGGACACAGCAAAUCCCAGGAAAUUCCAAUGACCAUGGUCAAUUCCCCAACAGUUUCUGAAAUUCACUCAACUUCACAAAACAUAGGGUCAUCAGCCUCUGCAUUUUCUUUUGUGACACAACACACAAGUGCAAGUGUUUUGCCUACUGAGAAGGAAGUCAACACUGUGAGUACAGCAGGAAAUGAAACCCCAGAACAAGUAACAAGCUCUACGAGCCUCAGAACUUCAAUGCCGGCCAUCUUUGCAGAUACUACACACGUAUCAACAAUGACUACUGCUGAAUCUACACAGCAAAAGACAACAUUCUCUUCAACCCUAACUAGACUGGAAGAUAGCACAAGCUCUUCCAUCGCAACAUCUGUAGAUGUGACAAAAAGUAUGGCAAUAUCAACUGUUCCUAAAGGCGUUACAAGCUCUACAACAACUAGUGGCAUGGGACUCUCUGAAAGUCUAGUUACCAAGGUAGAACCAACCCUGGAGACAAGCAGUUCAACAGCCACCAUUACUCUCAAAGGGAUGACAUCCACUGUGCCCAAAGAAUCUAUGAAACAAACACAAGACAUACAAAGUUACUCAACCAACAAUAAUUUGGAAGAGACAGAAACCAUAUCAAUCAUCACCAGGUCUCCAAAUACUGCAACAAAUGUAAUUUCUGUUUCUGGAAGGGACACUCAUAUGGAAAUAACAGAUGAUAAGGCUUAUGCAACCACUCAUGAGAACCAUGGCACUGUAGAUUAUUCUGAAACAAUGUCCAAAGGUACUGAAACCUCCAGUUUGCCAAAAACAAGAACCCUUUCUUCUGCUACUACAUUACUGAAAACAUAUACAAGUCCUUUAAUUACCAUUCGAGAAAGGGAGACAAUCUCUGAAAUCAGUACAGAGUCUCCAAAGACUGCAACAAAUGUCAUUUCUGUUUCUGGAGGAAUUACUAAUCAGCAAAGAACAUAUGAUAAGACUUAUACAACCACUCUUGAGAGCCAUAGCACGGUAGCUUAUUCUGAAACAGAUAAGCAUAGAAGAACCACAAGCAGAGUGAAUUUUACUACACCAGAAAUGUCCACACAUCUGUCAGCCAUCAUAUCCACCAUCAUCACACCACAUGAGAAUGCAACCUCUUCAGUUUCCACAAGACCAGAGAGGUCAGCAACCACUUCAGGACACAGCAAAUCCCAGGUUCCAAUGACCAUGGUCAAUUCCCCAACAGUUUCUGAAAUUCACUCAACUUCACAAAACAUAGGGUCAUCAGCCUCUGCAUUUUCUUUUGUGACACAACACACAAGUUCAACGGUUUUGCCUACCGAUAAGGAAGUCAACACUGUGAGUACAGCAGGAAAUGAAACCACAGAACAAGUAACAAGCUCUACAAGCCUCAGAACUUCAAUGCCGGCCACCUUUGCAGAUACUACACACGUAUCAACAAUGACUACUGCUGAAUCUACACAGCAAAAGACAACAUUCUCUUCAACCCUAACUAGACUGGAAGAUAGCACAAGCUCUUCCAUCGCAACAUCUGUAGAUGUGACAAAAAGUAUGACAAUAUCCACUGUUCCUAAGGGCGUUACAAGCUCUACAACAACUAGUGGCAUGGCACUCUCUGAAAGUCUAAUUACCAAGGUAGAACCAUCCAUGGAGAAAAGCAGUUCAACAGCCACCAUUACUCGCCAAGGGAUGACAUCCACUGUGCCCAAAGAAUCUAUGAAACAAACACAAGACAUACAAAGUUACUCAACCAACAAUCAUUUGGAAGAGACAGAAACCAUAUCAAUCAUCACCAGGUCUCCAAAUACUGCAACAAAUGUAAUUUCUGUUUCUGGAAGGGACACUCAUAUGGAAAUAACAGAUGAUAAGGCUUAUGCAACCACUCAUGAGAACCAUGGCACUGUAGAUUAUUCUGAAACAAUGUCCAAAGGUACUGAAACCUCCAGUUUGCCAAAAACAAGAACCCUUUCUUCUGCUACUACAUUACUGAAAACAUAUACAAGUCCUUUAAUUACCAUUCGAGAAAGGGAGACAAUCUCUGAAAUCAGUACAGAGUCUCCAAAGACUGCAACAAAUGUCAUUUCUGUUUCUGGAGGAAUUACUAAUCAGCAAAGAACAUAUGAUAAGACUUAUACAACCACUCUUGAGAGCCAUAGCACGGUAGCUUAUUCUGAAACAGAUAAGCAUAGAAGAACCACAAGCAGUGUGAGUUUUACUACACCAGAAAUGUCCACACAUCUGUCAGCCAUCAUAUCCACCAUCAUCACACCACAUGAGAAUGCAACCUCUUCAGUUUCCACAAGACCAGAGAGGUCAGCAACCACUUCAGGACACAGCAAAUCCCAGGUUCCAAUGACCAUGGUCAAUUCCCCAACAGUUUCUGAAAUUCACUCAACUUCACAAAACAUAGGGUCAUCAGCCUCUGCAUUUUCUUUUGUGACACAACACACAAGUUCAACGGUUUUGCCUACCGAUAAGGAAGUCAACACUGUGAGUACAGCAGGAAAUGAAACCACAGAACAAGUAACAAGCUCUACAAGCCUCAGAACUUCAAUGCCGGCCACCUUUGCAGAUACUACACACGUAUCAACAAUGACUACUGCUGAAUCUACACAGCAAAAGACAACAUUCUCUUCAACCCUAACUAGACUGGAAGAUAGCACAAGCUCUUCCAUCGCAACAUCUGUAGAUGUGACAAAAAGUAUGACAAUAUCCACUGUUCCUAAGGGCGUUACAAGCUCUACAACAACUAGUGGCAUGGCACUCUCUGAAAGUCUAAUUACCAAGGUAGAACCAUCCAUGGAGAAAAGCAGUUCAACAGCCACCAUUACUCGCCAAGGGAUGACAUCCACUGUGCCCAAAGAAUCUAUGAAACAAACACAAGACAUACAAAGUUACUCAACCAACAAUCAUUUGGAAGAGACAGAAACCAUAUCAAUCAUCACCAGGUCUCCAAAUACUGCAACAAAUGUAAUUUCUGUUUCUGGAAGGGUCACUAAUAUGGAAAGAACAGAUGAUAAGGCUUAUGCAACCUCUCGUGAGAACCAUGGCACUGUAGAUUAUUCUGAAACAACGUCCAAAGGUACUAAAACCUCCAGUUUGCCAAAAACAAGAACCCUUUCUUCUGCUACUACAUUACUGGAAACAUAUACAAGUCCUUUAAUUUCCAUUCGAGAAAGGGAGACAAUCUCUGAAAUCAGUACAGAAUCUCCAAAGACUACAACAAAUGUAACUUCUGUUUCUGGAGAAAUUACUAAUCAACAAAAAACAUAUGAUAAGACUUAUACAACCACUCUUGAGAGCCAUAGCACUGUAGCUUAUUCUGAAACAGAUAAGCAUAGAAAAACCACAAGCAGUGUGAGUUUUACUACACCAGAAAUGUCCACACAUCUGUCAGCCAUCGUAUCCACCAUCCGCACACCACAUGAGAAUGCAACCUAUUCAGUUUCCACAAGACCAGAGAGGUCAGCAACCACUUCAGGACACAGCAAAUCCCAGGAAAUUCCAAUGACCAUGGUCAAUUCCCCAACAGUUUCUGAAAUUCACUCAACUUCACAAAACAUAGGGUCAUCAGCCUCUGCAUUUUCUUUUGUGACACAACACACAAGUUCAACGGUUUUGCCUACCGAGAAGGAAGUCAACACUGUGAGUACAGCAGGAAAUGAAACCCCAAAACAAGUAGCAAGCUCUACAAGCCUCAGAACUUCAAUGCCGGCCACCUUUGCAGAUACUACACACGUAUCAACAAUGACUACUGCUGAAUCUACACAGCAAAAGACAACAUUCUCUUCAACCCUAACUAGACUGGAAGAUAGCACAAGCUCUUCCAUCGCAACAUCUGUAGAUGUGACAAAAAGUAUGGCAAUAUCCACUGUUCCUAAGGGCGUUACAAGGUCUACAACAACUAGUGGCAUGGGACUCUCUGAAAGUCUAGUUACCAAGGUAGAACCAACCCUGGAGACAAGCAGUUCAACAGCCACCAUUACUCUCCAAGGGAUGACAUCCACUGUGCCCAAAGAAUCUAUGAAACAAACACAGGACAUACAAAGUUACUCAACCAACAAUAAUUUGGAAGAGACAGAAACCAUAUCAAUCAUCACCAGGUCUCCAAAUACUGCAACAAAUGUAAUUUCUGUUUCUGGAAGGGACACACAUAUGGAAAGAACAGAUGAUAAGGCUUAUGCAACCACUCAUGAGAACCAUGGCACUGUAGAUUAUUCUGAAACAAUGUCCAAAGGUACUGAAACCUCCAGUUUGCCAAAAACAAGAACCCUUUCUUCUGCUACUACAUUACUGAAAACAUAUACAAGUCCUUUAAUUACCAUUCGAGAAAGGGAGACAAUCUCUGAAAUCAGUACAGAGUCUCCAAAAACUGCAACAAAGGUAAUUUCUGUUUCUGGAGGAAUUACUAAUCAGCAAAGAACAUAUGAUAAGACUUAUACAACCACUCUUGAGAGCCAUAGCACUGUAGCUUAUGCUGAAACAGAUAAGCAUAGAAGAACCACAAGCAGAGUGAGUUUUACUACACCAGAAAUGUCCACACAUCUGUCAGCCAUCUUAUCCACCAUCCGCACACCACAUGAGAAUGCAACCUCUUCAGUUUCCACAAGACCAGAGAGGUCAGCAACCACUUCAGGACACAGCAAAUCCCAGGAAAUUCCAAUGACCAUGGUCAAUUCCCCAACAGUUUCUGAAAUUCACUCAACUUCACAAAACAUAGGGUCAUCAGCCUCUGCAUUUUCUUUUGUGACACAACACACAAGUGCAAGUGUUUUGCCUACUGAGAAGGAAGUCAACACUGUGAGUACAGCAGGAAAUGAAACCCCAGAACAAGUAACAAGCUCUACGAGCCUCAGAACUUCAAUGCCGGCCAUCUUUGCAGAUACUACACACGUAUCAACAAUGACUACAGCUGAAUCUACACAGCAAAAGACAACAUUCUCUUCAACCCUAACUAGACUGGAAGAUAGCACAAGCUCUUUCAUCGCAACAUCUGUAGAUGUGACAAAAAGUAUGGCAAUAUCAACUGUUCCUAAAGGCGUUACAAGCUCUACAACAACUAGUGGCAUGGGACUCUCUGAAAGUCUAGUUACCAAGGUAGAACCAACCCUGGAGACAAGCAGUUCAACAGCCACCAUUACUCUCAAAGGGAUGACAUCCACUGUGCCCAAAGAAUCUAUGAAACAAACACAAGACAUACAAAGUUACUCAACCAACAAUAAUUUGGAAGAGACAGAAACCAUAUCAAUCAUCACCAGGUCUCCAAAUACUGCAACAAAUGUAAUUUCUGUUCCUGGAAGGGACACUCAUAUGGAAAUAACAGAUGAUAAGGCUUAUGCAACCACUCAUGAGAACCAUGGCACUGUAGAUUAUUCUGAAACAAUGUCCAAAGGUACUGAAACCUCCAGUUUGCCAAAAACAAGAACCCUUUCUUCUGCUACUACAUUACUGAAAACAUAUACAAGUCCUUUAAUUACCAUUCGAGAAAGGGAGACAAUCUCUGAAAUCAGUACAGAGUCUCCAAAGACUGCAACAAAUGUCAUUUCUGUUUCUGGAGGAAUUACUAAUCAGCAAAGAACAUAUGAUAAGACUUAUACAACCACUCUUGAGAGCCAUAGCACUGUAGCUUAUUCUGAAACAGAUGAGCAUAGAAGAACCACAAGCAGAGUGAAUUUUACUACACCAGAAAUGUCCACACAUCUGUCAGCCAUCAUAUCCACCAUCAUCACACCACAUGAGAAUGCAACCUCUUCAGUUUCCACAAGACCAGAGAGGUCAGCAACCACUUCAGGACACAGCAAAUCCCAGGAAAUUCCAAUGACCAUGGUCAAUUCCCCAACAGUUUCUGAAAUUCACUCAACUUCACAAAACAUAGGGUCAUCAGCCUCUGCAUUUUCUUUUUUGACACAACACACAAGUUCAACGGUUUUGCCUAGCGAGAAGGAAGUCAACACUGUGAGUACAGCAGGAAAUGAAACCCCAGAACAAGUAGCAAGCUCUACAAGCCUCAGAACUUCAAUGCCGGCCACCUUUGCAGAUACUACACACGUAUCAACAAUGACUACUGCUGAAUCUACACAGCAAAAGACAACAUUCUCUUCAACCCUAACUAGACUGGAAGAUAGCACAAGCUCUUCCAUCGCAACAUCUGUAGAUGUGACAAAAAGUAUGGCAAUAUCCACUGUUCCUAAGGGCGUUACAAGGUCUACAACAACUAGUGGCAUGGGACUCUCUGAAAGUCUAGUUACCAAGGUAGAACCAACCAUGGAGACAAGCAGUUCAACAGCCACCAUUACUCUCCAAGGGAUGACAUCCACUGUGCCCAAAGAAUCUAUGAAACAAACACAGGACAUACAAAGUUAUUCAACCAACAAUAAUUUGGAAGAGACAGAAACCAUAUCAAUCAUCACCAGGUCUCCAAAUACUGCAACAAAUGGAAUUUCUGUUUCUGGAAGGGACACACAUAUGGAAAGAACAGAUGAUAAGGCUUAUGCAACCACUCAUGAGAACCAUGGCACUGUAGAUUAUUCUGAAACAAUGUCCAAAGGUACUGAAACCUCCAGUUUGCCAAAAACAAGAACCCUUUCUUCUGCUACUACAUUACUGAAAACAUAUACAAGUCCUUUAAUUACCAUUCGAGAAAGGGAGACAAUCUCUGAAAUCAGUACAGAGUCUCCAAAAACUGCAACAAAGGUAAUUUCUGUUUCUGGAGGAAUUACUAAUCAGCAAAGAACAUACGAUAAGACUUAUACAACCACUCUUGAGAGCCAUAGCACUGUAGCUUAUGCUGAAACAGAUAAGCAUAGAAGAACCACAAGCAGAGUGAGUUUUACUACACCAGAAAUGUCCACACAUCUGUCAGCCAUCUUAUCCACCAUCCGCACACCACAUGAGAAUGCAACCUCUUCAGUUUCCACAAGACCAGAGAGGUCAGCAACCACUUCAGGACACAGCAAAUCCCAGGAAAUUCCAAUGACCAUGGUCAAUUCCCCAACAGUUUCUGAAAUUCACUCAACUUCACAAAACAUAGGGUCAUCAGCCUCUGCAUUUUCUUUUGUGACACAACACACAAGUUCAACGGUUUUGCCUACCGAGAAGGAAGUCAACACUGUGAGUACAGCAGGAAAUGAAACCCCAGAACAAGUAACAAGCUCUACAAGCCUCAGAACUUCAAUGCCGGCCACCUUUGCAGAUACUACACACGUAUCAACAAUGACUACUGCUGAAUCUACACAGCAAAAGACAACAUUCUCUUCAACCCUAACUAGACUGGAAGAUAGCACAAGCUCUUCCAUCGCAACAUCUGUAGAUGUGACAAAAAGUAUGGCAAUAUCCACUGUUCCUAAGGGCGUUACAAGGUCUACAACAACUAGUGGCAUGGGACUCUCUGAAAGUCUAGUUACCAAGGUAGAACCAACCAUGGAGACAAGCAGUUCAACAGCCACCAUUACUCUCCAAGGGAUGACAUCCACUGUGCCCAAAGAAUCUAUGAAACAAACACAGGACAUACAAAGUUAUUCAACCAACAAUAAUUUGGAAGAGACAGAAACCAUAUCAAUCAUCACCAGGUCUCCAAAUACUGCAACAAAUGGAAUUUCUGUUUCUGGAAGGGACACUCAUAUGGAAAUAACAGAUGAUAAGGCUUAUGCAACCACUCAUGAGAACCAUGGCACUGUAGAUUAUUCUGAAACAAUGUCCAAAGGUACUGAAACCUCCAGUUUGCCAAAAACAAGAACCCUUUCUUCUGCUACUACAUUACUGAAAACAUAUACAAGUCCUUUAAUUACCAUUCGAGAAAGGGAGACAAUCUCUGAAAUCAGUACAGAGUCUCCAAAAACUGCAACAAAGGUAAUUUCUGUUUCUGGAGGAAUUACUAAUCAGCAAAGAACAUAUGAUAAGACUUAUACAACCACUCUUGAGAGCCAUAGCACUGUAGCUUAUGCUGAAACAGAUAAGCAUAGAAGAACCACAAGCAGAGUGAGUUUUACUACACCAGAAAUGUCCACACAUCUGUCAGCCAUCAUAUCCACCAUCCGCACACCACAUGAGAAUGCAACCUCUUCAGUUUCCACAAGACCAGAGAGGUCAGUAACCACUUCAGGACACAGCAAAUCCCAGGAAAUUCCAAUGACCAUGGUCAAUUCCCCAACAGUUUCUGAAAUUCACUCAACUUCACAAAACAUAGGGUCAUCAGCCUCUGCAUUUUCUUUUGUGACACAACACACAAGUGCAAGUGUUUUGCCUACCGAGAAGGAAGUCAACACUGUGAGUACAGCAGGAAAUGAAACCCCAGAACAAGUAACAAGCUCUACAAGCCUCAGAACUUCAAUGCCGGCCACUUUUGCAGAUACUACACACGUAUCAACAAUGACUACUGCUGAAUCUACACAGCAAAAGACAACAUUCUCUUCAACCCUAACUAGACUGGAAGAUAGCAUAAGCUCUUCCAUUGCAACAUCUGUAGAUGUGACAAAAAGUAUGGCAAUAUCCACUGUUCCUAAGGGCGUUACAAGCUCUACAACAACUAGUGGCAUGGGACUCUCUGAAAGUCUAAUUACCAAGGUAGAACCAACCAUGGAGACAAGCAGUUCAACAGCCACCAUUACUCGCCAAGGGAUGACAUCCACUGUGCCCAAAGAAUCUAUGAAACAAACACAAGACAUACAAAGUUACUCAACCAACAAUCAUUUGGAAGAGACAGAAACCAUAUCAAUCAUCACCAGGUCUCCAAAUACUGCAACAAAUGUAAUUUCUGUUUCUGGAAGGGUCACUCAUAUGGAAAGAACAGAUGAUAAGGCUUAUGCAACCACUCAUGAGAACCAUGGCACUGUAGAUUAUUCUGAAACAAUGUCCAAAGGUACUGAAACCUCCAGUUUGCCAAAAACAAGAACCCUUUCUUCUGCUACUACAUUACUGAAAACAUAUACAAGUCCUUUAAUUACCAUUCGAGAAAGGGAGACAAUCUCUGAAAUCAGUACAGAGUCUCCAAAGACUGCAACAAAGGUAAUUUCUAUUUCUGGAGGAAUUACUAAUCAGCAAAGAACAUAUGAUAAGACUUAUACAACCACUCUUGAGAACCAUAGCACUGUAGCUUGUGCUGAAACAGAUAAGCAUAGAAGAACCACAAGCAGAGUGAGUUUUACUACACCAGAAAUGUCCACACAUCUGUCAACCAUCAUAUCCACCAUCCGCACACCACAUGAGAAUGCAACCUCUUCAGUUUCCACAAGACCAGAGAGGUCAGCAACCACUUCAGGACACAGCAAAUCCCAGGAAAUUCCAAUGACCAUGGUCAAUUCCCCAACAGUUUCUGAAAUUCACUCAACUUCAGAAAACAUAGGGUCAUCAGCCUCUGCAUUUUCUUUUGUGACACAACACACAAGUUCAACGGUUUUGCCUACCGAGAAGGAAGUCAACACUGUGAGUACAGCAGGAAAUGAAACCCCAGAACAAGUAGCAAGCUCUACGAGCCUCAGAACUUCAAUGCCGGCCACCUUUGCCGAUACUACACACGUAUCAACAAUGACUACUGCUGAAUCUACACAGCAAAAGACAACAUUCUCUUCAACCCUAACUAGACUGGAAGAUAGCACAAGCUCUUCCAUCGCAACAUCUGUAGAUGUGACAAAAAGUAUGACAAUAUCCACUGUUCCUAAGGGCGUUACAAGCUCUACAACAACUAGUGGCAUGGGACUCUCUGAAAGUCUAAUUACCAAGGUAGAACCAACCAUGGAGACAAGCAGUUUAACAGCCACCAUUACUCGCCAAGGGAUGACAUCCACUGUGCCCAAAGAAUCUAUGAAACAAACACAAGACAUACAAAGUUACUCAACCAACAAUAAUUUGGAAGAGACAGAAACCAUAUCAAUCAUCACCAGGUCUCCAAAUACUGCAACAAAUGUAAUUUCUGUUUCUGGAAGGGUCACUCAUAUGGAAAGAACAGAUGAUAAGGCUUAUGCAACCACUCAUAAGAACCAUGGCACUGUAGAUUAUUCUGAAACAAUGUCCAAAGGUACUGAAACCUCAAGUUUGCCAAAAACAAGAACCCUUUCUUCUGCUACUACAUUACUGAAAACAUAUACAAGUCCUUUAAUUACCAUUCGAGAAACGGAGACAAUCUCUGAAAUCAGUACAGAAUCUCCAAAGACUGCAAGAAAUGUCAUUUCUGUUUCUGGAGAAAUUACUAAUCAGCAAAGAACAUAUGAUAAGACUUAUACAACCACUCUUGAGAGCCAUAGCACUGUAGCUUAUUCUGAAACAGAUAAGCAUAGAAGAACCACAAGCAGAGUGAGUUUUACUACACCAGAAAUGUCCACACAUCUGUCAGCCAUCAUAUCCACCAUCCGCACACCACAUGAGAAUGCAACCUCUUCAGUUUCCACAAGACCAGAGAGGUCAGCAACCACUUCAGGACACAGCAAAUCCCAGGAAAUUCCAAUGACCAUGGUCAAUUCCCCAACAGUUUCUGAAAUUCACUCAACUUCAGAAAACAUAGGGUCAUCAGCCUCUGCAUUUUCUUUUGUGACACAACACACAAGUUCAACGGUUUUGCCUACCAAGAAGGAAGUCAACACUGUGAGUACAGCAGGAAAUGAAACCCCAGAACAAGUAGCAAGCUCUACGAGCCUCAGAACUUCAAUGCCGGCCACCUUUGCAGAUACUACACACGUAUCAACAAUGACUACUGCUGAAUCUACACAGCAAAAGACAACAUUCUCUUCAACCCUAACUAGACUGGAAGAUAGCACAAGCUCUUCCAUCGCAACAUCUGUAGAUGUGACAAAAAGUAUGACAAUAUCCACUGUUCCUAAGGGCAUUACAAGCUCUACAACAACUAGUGGCAUGGGACUCUCUGAAAGUCUAAUUACCAAGGUAGAACCAACCAUGGAGACAAGCAGUUCAACAGCCACCAUUACUCGCCAAGGGAUGACAUCCACUGUGCCCAAAGAAUCUAUGAAACAAACACAAGACAUACAAAGUUACUCAACCAACAAUAAUUUGGAAGAGACAGAAACCAUAUCAAUCAUCACCAGGUCUCCAAAUACUGCAACAAAUGUAAUUUCUGUUUCUGGAAGGGACACUCAUAUGGAAAUAACAGAUGAUAAGGCUUAUGCAACCACUCAUGAGAACCAUGGCACUGUAGAUUAUUCUGAAACAACGUCCAAAGGUACUGAAACCUCCAGUUUGCCAAAAACAAGAACCCUUUCUUCUGCUACUACCUUACUGAAAACAUAUACAAGUCCUUUAAUUACCAUUCGAGAAAGGGAGACAAUCUCUGAAAUCAGUACAGAGUCUCCAAAGACUGCAACAAAUGUCAUUUCUGUUUCUGGAGAAAUUACUAAUCAGCAAAGAACAUAUGAUAAGACUUAUACAACCACUCUUGCGAGCCAUAGCACUGUAGCUUAUUCUGAAACAGAUAAGCAUAGAAGAACCACAAGCAGAGUGAGUUUUACUAUACCAGAAAUGUCCACACAUCUGUCAGCCAUCAUAUCCACCAUCCACACACCACAUGAGAAUGCAACCUCUUCAGUUUCCACAAGACCAGAGAGGUCAGCAACGACUUCAGGACACAGCAAAUCCCAGGAAAUUCCAAUGACCAUGGUCAAUUCCCCAUCAGUUUCUGAAAUUCACUCAACUUCACAAAACAUAGGGUCAUCAGCCUCUGCAUUUUCUUUUGUGACACAACACACAAGUUCAACGGUUUUGCCUACCGAUAAGGAAGUCAACACUGUGAGUACAGCAGGAAAUGAAACCCCAGAACAAGUAACAAGCUCUACGAGCCUCAGAACUUCAAUGCCGGCCACCUUUGCAGAUACUACACACGUAUCAAAAAUGACUACUGCUGAAUCUACACAGCAAAAGACAACAUUCUCUUCAACCCUAACUAGACUGGAAGAUAGCACAAGCUCUUCCAUCGCAACAUCUGUAGAUGUGACAAAAAGUAUGGCAAUAUCCACUGUUCCUAAGGGCGUUAAAAGCUCUACAACAACUAGUGGCAUGGGACUCUCUGAAAGUCUAGUUACCAAGGUAGAACCAACCAUGGAGACAAGCAGUUCAACAGCCACCAUUACUCUCCAAGGGAUGACAUCCACUGUGCCCAAAGAAUCUAUGAAACAAACACAAGACAUACAAAGUUACUCAACCAACAAUAAUUUGGAAGAGACAGAAAACAUAUCAAUCAUCACCAGGUCUCCAAAUACUGCAACAAAUGUAAUUUCUGUUUCUGGAAGGGUCACUCAUAUGGAAAGAACAGAUGAUAAGGCUUAUGCAACAACUCAUGAGAACCAUGGCACUGUAGAUUAUUCUGAAACAAUGUUCAAAGGUACUGAAACCUCCAGUUUGCCAAAAACCUCUUCCGUUUCCACAAGACCAGAAAGGUCAGCAACCACUUCAGGACACAGCAAAUCCCAGGAAAUUCCAAUGACCAUGGUCAAUUCCCCAACAGUUUCUGAAAUUCACUCAACUUCACAAAACAUAGGGUCAUCAGCCUCUGCAUUUUCUUUUGUGACACAAUACACAAGUGCAAGUGUUUUGCCUACCGAGAAGGAAGUCAACACUGUGAGUACGGCAGGAAAUGAAACCCCAGAACAAGUAACAAGCUCUACAAGCCUCAGAACUUCAAUGUUGGCCACCUCUGCAGAUACUACUCCCAUAUCAUCAAUGACUACUGCUGGAUCUAUACAAGAUAGAACAUCGUCUUCAACCCUAACUAGACUCAUAGACAGCAGAAGCUCUUCCAUAGGAACAUCUGUAGAUAUGACAAAAACUAUGGAAAUAUCCACCGUUCCUAUUGGAGUUACAAGUUCUACAAUAACUAGGGGCAUGGGACUCUCUGAUAGAUUUGUUACCAAAGUAGAACCAACCCUGGAGACAAGAGAAAAGACAGAAACCAUACCAUCAGCCUCUGCAUUUUCUCUUAUGACACAACAUAGUGCAAGUGCUUUGCCUAGUACAGCAGAAAAUGAAACCACACAAGAAGUAACAAGCUCUACAAGCCUCAGAAAUUCAAGGUCAACCUCCUUUGCAGAUACUACACCUGUAGCAACAGUGACUUCUGCUGAAUCUAGACAACAGGAGACAACAUUCUCUUCAACCAUAUCAAGACAGGAAGAGAGGACAAGCUCAUCCAUCACAACAACUAUAGAUGUGACAAAAAGUAUGGCAAAAGCCACCACUCCUACAGAGCGUACAAGCUCUACAACAACUAGUGGCAUGGGACUCUCUGAAACUAUUGUUAGCAAGGAAAAACCAACCCUGGAGACAAGGAGUUCAACAGCCACCAUUACUCUCCAAGAGUUGACACCCAAUGUGCCCAUAGAUUCGGCCAAACUAACACAAGACAGACAAAGUUUCUCAAACAACAAUAAUUUGGAAGAGACAAAAACCACAUCAACCAUCACUAUGAGAAUGGGGGAAACUGAAAAAAUUACAAGUUCUACAUCUCUUGCAACUUCAAGCACUGCCGAGGCAACACACAAAAUAACAAUCUUAUCUGCUGAAUCCACCCCUCCAGAGACUAUGUUGUCUGCAUCCAAAACAGGCCCUGGGGAGAACACAAGCUCAAGUGUGACGACAAGUUUGGCAAUAUCAUCUACUCCCCAGAAACAUGGAAGCUCUCAAGCUACAAGUAGAAGCAAAGUCUCUGAAAGUCCAACCACAGAAACAGCAUCACUUACUGAGACUCCCACCAUAUCAGCCCAAGAGAUUACAUCCAAUGUCCUCACAGCAAAAGAUAUCGAAAGCUUGCAAAAUUCUAACACAUUAGAAACUAAUGAAAUCACUUCAUAUAUUUCAACACAAGAAACCACAAGUGGUAAAUCCCUAAAAACGCAGCCAAUGGGAAAAAACUCUACAAUUACGACUACAACCACAACGUCCAAAGGUACUGAAACCUCCACUUUGCCAAAAACAAGAACACUUUCUUCUGCUACUACAAUACUGAAAACAUCUAAAAGUCCUUUAAUUACUAUUCGAGAAAGGGAGACAGUCUCCGAAAUCAGUCCAGUGUCUCCAAAGACGGCAACAAAUCUAAUUUCUGUUUCUGGAAGCAUAACUAAUAAGCAAAGAACAGAUGAUAAAACUUAUACAACUACUCUUGAGAGCCAUGGCACUGUAGAUUAUUCUGAAACAGAUAGGCAUAGAAGAACCACAAGCAGAGUGAGUUUUACAACACCAGAAAUGUCUACUCAUAUUUCAGCCAUCACAUCCUCCAUCCGUACCCCACAUGACCAUGCAACUUCUUCAAGAACAGAGAGUACUACAUCCACAUUAGUAGUAUAUAGUCCUGUUGAGAAGACAAGUACAAGUACAACUACAAGAUAUAGUACAAGAUCAGACGUGAUGAUUAACAUGGCAAAUUCAACUACUGCUCGGGAGCAUAGAAGGUCUGAAGUAACUAGUGGAACCAAAGCCUUUCAAAGUCCAAUAAAGGAUGUAAAACUAAUUAAUGAGACCACCACUAGAUCUGCCCAAGAUAUCACAUCGGAAAUUUUUACAGAGACUGCUGGACAAACAUCAUCCCAAGACAUGCAAAACUUUACUGCCACUAACCUAUUAGAAGGCAAUAAAAACACUUUAGGAUUUUCAACAAAGGGUGCACAGACCUCUGAAACCAACAAAACAUCACCCAGCAUACAAACCAGUAGUGCAAUAUCCCGAAGUCCUUUAAGCACCAUACAAAAAGGAUCAACAGAAGACCAAACUACAGAGACCACUGUUCCCUCAACAAAUGAGGCCGCACAUACAUCAGAAACAGCAACAGUUCCUUUAAGUAAAACUUCAGAAACAACAUUACCUAUAACAAAUGAGACUACCCAGGCAUCAACAACUACAGAGAACACAGUUCCCUCAACAACAACAAUAUUGUCUACUUCAGAAAAAACAGUUCCUUCAACAGAGACCACAGUUCCCUCAACAACCACAGAAUCUACAACUUCAGAAACAACAACAGUUCCUUCCAGUACAACUUCAGAAACAACAUUACCCUCAUCAACUGAAACUACUCCAGCACCAAUAAAUACAGAGACCAUAGCUCCAUCAACAACCACAGUGUCUACAACCUCAGAAACAACAUUACACUCAUCAACUGAAACUACUCCAGCACCAACAACUACAGAGACCACAGGUCCCUCAACAACCACAGAGUCUACAACCUCAGAAACAACAGUUCCUUUGAGUACAACUGCAGAAACAAUAUUACCCUCAUCAACUGAUACUACUCCAGUAACAACAACUACAGAGACCAUAGCUCACUCAACAACCACAGAAUCUACAACUUCAGAAACAACAUUACCCUCAUCAACUAAAACUACACCAACACCAAUAACUACAGAGACCACAGUUCCCUCAACAACCACAGAGUCUAUAACCUCAGAAACAACAGUUCCUUUGAGUACAACUUCAGAAACAACAUUACCCUCAUCAAUUGAAACUACUCCAGCACCAACAACUACAGAGACCAUAGGUCCCUCAACAACCACACAGCCUACAACCUCAGAAACAACAGUUCCUUUGAGUACAACUGCAGAAACAACAUUACCCUCAUCAACUGAAAUUACUCCAGUGACAACAACUACAGAGACCAUAGCUCCCUCAACAACCAGAGAAUCUACAACCUCAGAAACAACAGUUCGUUCGAGUACAACGGCAGAAACAACAUUACCCUCAUCAACUGAAACUACUCCAGUAACAACAACUACAGAGACCAUAGCUCCCUCAACAACCACAGAAUCAACAGUACCCUCAUCAACUGAAACUAUUCCAUACAACUGCAGAAAAAACAUUACCUUCAACCGAAACAACUCCAGCACCAACAGCUACAGAGACCACAGGUCCCUCAACAACCACAGAGUCUACAACUUCAGAAACAACCGUUCCUUCGAGUACAACUGCAGAAACAAAAUUACCCUCAUCAACUGA